CCUCAUCUCAACUUCGGUUUGCCCUCGACUCGGCCCUCCUUCCUUCGAUUUCCCUCCUCCACGACUCUCCCUUACCUUUCUUUUGUAUAAUUGGCCUUCCCUUUAAUUUCUGGGCAUCCUUUGGACCACCUGUACUCCCUUAUUUGCCCUCGAAGCACGGUUCACCUGACCCCUCUUAGCGGCACUAGCGGACUCGUUGCUUGAAGAUCAUACUGCAGCUCGAACGCUGCAGCCCCCCUCGACAUGGAUUCCAUGAGAUCGCUCAACACCUCCCUGCCGAGCUCUACGCCCCGUCCCCAGCCCCCCGAGCAACUUUUGCAAUCGUUCAAGGCCGCUGCGUUGUCAGUCACCAACCUCUACAAGAAUGCUGUCUGCGAGCAGGCACAAGCCAAGCAGUCUGGCUACCAGGAGGCCAUUGAGGAUCUGUUGCAGUUUCUAGAUCGGGAGAACAUCGGUCUUGGAGAUGGGGAAGGCUGGAAGAUCCGACAAUGGGCCACCGAGCGGAGUGACGGAACGGGAACCCCCAGCGACGAUGACGAUGUCGAGAAGCACAACGGCGGUUCUCCUUCCGCUGGGGCUCGCAAGGAUCACCAUGAGCCAGUAACUCCUCGCCAGCCGGCGAAGGCAGCAUCGCCUUCGGUGGAUGAAUCAACUCCUGCUGCCCAACAACCGACGCCUUCCAACCCAGCCGUCGUCGAAGCAAACACCCUGGACAAACCGACCGUUUUUACCUUCUCAGCCGGACCGUCCUUCCCGCAGCUACAGGAACAUGAUAUCGAUAUGCAACCUUCAGAUGGCUCUUCCGGGGUAUCUUCCGAUGGAGCGCCCGUGAGCGUGUCUGUCCUGCCCCGAAACUCUCGCCAGCCCAACCGCCAUGGCAACCUGUCUCGAACGAACCCUCGAACCUCAACACGAGAGCCCUCGGUGGGAAUAGGAUCCAAGCGAAAAUUUGCCGUUCCCGACUUUUUCGACCUGUCGGGCCUCGGAAAUAGGGAUAUAUUUGGAGGCGGCAAACGCGGGCGGUUCACCUAGAGAAUAUGAAACUCGACGAAUUUGGACGAUCAUAGUAUUCUUACGGACACGCAGCGGUUGAUUCCCUUUCUACAUUCUCGGUGCAUUUUGUGGGAGUUGCAUUUUUGUUUUUUCGAUUGCCUCUUAUGGUUUCUAUCUUUUAUCUUCAUUUUUCAUCUACUUAUUUUAUUUUCUUUUUCUUCAUGUUGUUCUUUCUUCUUCCACCACCAUUUUCGUUUCUAUUCUCUUUCUGCUCGUUAUAAGGUCGAAACAUAUAGAGGUUAUUAAGAUAUGGCGAUACCCAGUGAGGCAGUUAUUGUGAUGCUUGAAAUCGCAUGCAUUCUUAUUAUUGGGUUGCAGCCCAUUGUUCUACGGCAGCAGCAUUCAUGUAUGAGAUAUUUGUAACAUAGAGAGUUUCUGCUAGUAUACAUAACAUUGUGACGCCAUCUCAUCCCAAU